GAGUAACGGUCGUCCAGCUUGACGCCGCGUCUGUUUUCUGUUCCCCGGGGCCACACAGUGUUUCCAACGGGACUCAACGCACUGUUUACCGGACUCACCAUGACCGCUUGACCGAGGGAAAAGCCUCGAAAUAACCCUCCUCCCGCCUGCGCUACCGUCGACACAAAACUUUCCCCACAUAUAAAAAACUUUCGUCUUUCGUGUAGUUUUUAUGUCAAGGAAUAAGGAUGCAACCCCCACCGAGAAAGGUCCGGGUCACGCAGGAGCUGAAACACACUCACGCAGAGCAGAUGAGCCGGUUACACAUCAAACACCAGACCGAGUGUGACCUCCUGGAGGACCUGAGGACUGUGGAAGAGAAGAAAUCGUAUCUAGAAAGUGAUUUUUCACAGGCGCUCCAGAAGUUGGCCAAUCAGUAUCUAAAGAGGGAAUGGCCUGACAGUCUGACAGAGGAACAAGAAGACCACAGGAACAUGUAUUGUGUAUGGAGGGCCUAUUUGGAGGGCACGGUCCAGGUCACCCAGUCCAGAAUCAGCGCCUGCGAUAACUACAAAGUCCAGGUUGCCGAUCCAGCCAAGACGGUCAGACUGCAGAAGGAGCAGCAGCUGAGGAAGUGUAUUGAUCAGCUGACGGUGGUUCAAGCUGAGCUGCAGGAGUCGGUGAAGGAGCUGACGAAGAGCAGGAAGAAGUACCAGGAGGCUGAGACGAUGGCGCAGGCUGUCCGAGAGAAGGCAGAGCUGGACGCCAAGUCCAAGCUGAGUCUCUUCCAGUCCAGAUCCAGUCUUCAGAGGGCGAGCGUAAAGCUGAAAGCCAAGAGGAGCGAGUGCAACUCCAAAGCCACGCAUGCCAGAAACGACUACCUUCUCACCCUAGCAGCCGCUAACGCUCACCAGCAGCGCUACUACGACACAGACCUCAUCGACUGCAUCAAGAUCUUAGAUGGCAAAAUCUACGAGCAGGUAAAAGAUUACCUGGUCUCGCUGUGUCAGACGGAGCUGGAAAGUUCCCAGGCUGUCCACAACACCUUCACCAGCCUCUUGAACAGCUCCAGUGGGGUACUGCAGGAGUUUCACCAGCAGCUGUUUGUACAGAAGAACAUCAUGUUUCAACAAUCUGCGGACUUCUUGUUCCAGCCCAGCGACACGGAUACGGUGAUGCAGCUGCAGAAGGAGAGUGGAACGGCGGAGGAGCACAGCCUGGAUAAAGAGGCGAGGAAAUGGGCGAGUCGCGUGGCCCGAGAAUACAAGAGCGUCAUCCACACUCAGAGGGCCCUGGAGGAAUAUGGGACACAGGAAUCGUCGGAGCAAAACAACAGUGAGCUGGAGACUAAGAUGGAGGUGGCCAGGCAGAGUCUUCGGAGGGCAGAGACGGUGAAAGUGAAAGCAGAGGCCCGUCUGGACUUACUGAGGCAGGCGGGUGUCGCUGUUGAAACGUGGCUGAAGAGCGCCAUGAACCAGGUGAUGGAGGAGCUGGAGAACGAACGCUGGAACAACCUCAAUACCCAUGAUCCUUCACUCUCUGGAACAGCCGACCUGGAGCGAGAGGACGAGGAGAUGGAGGACAGCGGCGAGGUGUUGGACGACAGCAGCUCCAGCCCCUCCAGCACCUUGAAAAACUAUCCUCUCACCUGCAAAGUCCUCUACUCCUACAAGGCGUCUCAGCCAGAUGAACUGACCAUCGAGGAGCAGGAAAUCUUAGAGGUCAUUGAUGACGGAGACAUGGAGGACUGGGUCAAAGCCAGAAACCGCAGCGGACAGGUCGGCUACGUCCCAGAGAAGUACCUGCAGCUUCCCUCCUCUAACAGCCUACUGAGCAUGCUGCAGGCUCUCGCCGCGCUGGACGCCAGAUCUCACUCCUCCAGUAACUCCACCGAGCCUGAAACCGAGCUACCGACCGGCUCCGUCAACGGAGACGCCGGCGUGUCAUUUGCGAAGGCGCUGUACGAUUACGCGGGACAGACGGAGGACGAGCUGUCGUUUCCGGAAGGCGCGAUCAUCCGCAUCCUGAGCAGAGAGACGCACGAGGACGACGGUUUCUGGGAGGGAGAGUUCAACGGCGUGGUCGGCGUCUUCCCCGCUGUUCUGGUGGAGGAUCUCACCGCCGCCAGCGAGAACGGAGACGGACAAAGAGACGGCAGCGCACAGGUCCGUGCUGCUCCUCCGCCCCCGAAGCAGCAUCCUCGUGGGCAGGUGAAGCGGAGAGAGGAGGUGGAGAUCACGCUGGUGUGAACGGCGGCGGCGGUUCGGUUCAAACCGGCUGGGACUCGGCGGCUUUUUGUGCCUCUAAACGAACUCCCCAAAGGAAACCCGAGGAAACUUUAAACCCCCCGAAGACGCCUGGAGGACGAAGAGGCUCUAAACUUUGUCCUCGGAGGGUCAGUGUGCUGUGGAGGAAUAUCGUGCCUUUCAAAUAACUCCUUUAAUUUCCUCUCCGCUGUUCCAUUUCUCUCCCGUUUGACCGAUUAAAUAGGGCAGAUAUUGUAAUUAUUGUAAUCUAUUAUUGAUAACUGACAGAAUAUCUGCUAUUAGUAUCUUCAGUUUCCACAAUGUUCACGUCUGUCGCUCAUAGUAACGGAUAUAGUGAUAACAGAUAAUUAACAGAGAAGUUCUUAUUUAUUUGUGGAAAUCCACAAUUAAAUAAGUUUAAUGUUCCUUUGAUUUUUAAACACAACCGACAAACACAACCAGCGUUCAACCUCAUAAACUUUUCAGCUACUCAACAACAAAAUAAUACUUUAAAAUAAAUAAUAUAUGAAUAUAAAGAUAAUUAUUCCACGUUAAAGUGAGAACGGUUAUUUCCAACGUUUGUCCAAAAUGGACGAUUCUAUCGUAGCUUAUUAGCUAUUAAACUUCCUCUGUCGGAGUAAAAACACAAGUUAUAUUGAUAAGGGAUGCACAAUUUGGAUGUUUUGUUUCAGUUAAUCAAUAAUUAUCUGCUUCUAGUGGCCGAUACGAUUAGAUUAUAGAUGUUUGUAUUUUAAAAAGAAGUUUAGUUUCUGUUUCUGUUCAAACUACGUUACGAUUGAACAAAAACUAUUUAAUUUGUUCAAUAAUUCAAAAUAAAUCAUUAAUCGGCUGUAAAUUUAAUUAUGGGACUAAAUAAUAAACACAUAAUUAAUAAUAAAAUAAAUAAAUUUACCGUAAUCAGACGAUCCUUAUCCGAGAUAAUUAUCGUGCAUCUCUAACAUUAAUCUCACCAAACUGCUUAAAUUGAUUAGACGGAGAUCAAUACCUCGUAAUCAUGAGAUAUAAAGUCAUAAUAAUAAUAAUUAUUAAUAUGUUAAAGCAGCAACAAGGAACCUUUAAAGUCGUGUCGACUCUGGCGGCCCCCUGUGGACAGUAACGGUAGUGUUUCAACUGCCUGGUUUCAUUGAUUUCAAGGGGGAAUCGGACCCAGAAUAACUGCGUAGAAACACUUCGGUCGUAAGUGUUCGUCUUCAGUAUUAAACGGUUUGAGUAACAAACUCCUCGAAGAAGAAUCAAUAACUUUCUGUCUCGCUGAAUCUUCUUACUGCGGCUCCUCUCGAGCUGUCCCGUCACUUCUAUGCAACGGCGUUAAACAAAAGCGGGCGUGUUGUGAACGUGCAGCUUCCAACACAAACCAAAAGCCUGGUUGUCUCCACGCUCGAUCAAAAACAAACAAACAAACAAACAAACAAACAAACCAACCAGCACGGACGAGGCUGGUCCUCUCCUCGAACACACGUAACUGUAACCGGUUACACUAACAAGGGAAAAGUGGCAAUUUUUAGUUGAGUGAUUGUUAUGUCAAGUAGGGAGAAUCUCCUAGAUCAAUAAACUUUUACCUUUUUUAUUAGUAUGUUUUAUUUUGAAAACCCCCUGCUUCUUACGUUUUAGUUUUCUUUUGCACCGAAAUAAAUUCCUGAAGGGAGAAACGAAGCGCGCGCAUUUUAAUAGUCUAACAAGUUGUUGUUGUUGUUGUUGUUGUGACAGAAAAUAAAAGAUCUAGAGACGAGAGAGAGAGAGAGAGAGAGAGAGAGAGAGAGCUGUCGGGAGAGUUUACACUGAGGUAAUGUGCAGUUUAAACAAGCCUUUUAUUUUGAAAGGAGGAAACCAUCCUGAGCUGCUAGCUGUCCGAUUUAAAAAAAAAAAUACAAAUAAAUACGAAUAAAAUGUAAAAAAAAA